AGGAUCUGGGAAAGACGGAAAAGAGGAAAAGAUAGACAGGAGCUACAGCAGGAGACGGAUAAACACACACACACACACACACGCACACACACAAACACACACACAAAAGCCAGAGACAGCGUUUCACCUCUGCUGACAGUCAGUCCCGUUACGAGGCGCCACUUUGAGCUGCGAGAGCUGCAGGAAUAAGUGAAGAGGAGACGUGACUGCUCGUUUUUCCUCGCCUCUUUCACACAGAGCUGCUUUCACAACCGAGGGUCAACAACAGCCGCAGUGAUCCCAAGCUUCAUCGUGCUGUUUUUUCAGAGGGAUGGUCUGUUGAUUGUUACUUCCUGACAAAGCCCAUGGAUUACACCGCGUGGAGGAAAGUUCUUGAUCACAGCUAUGUCAACACAAUUCAUAUUUGAAGUAAAGAGGAACUAGAGUAAAGGACUCACGGGGUUCAUUUUUUCAUCUUAUUUGAGUAUCAUUUUGAGGAUCUCUCUUUCUCUUUUUUCUUUUUGAUAACUAUUUAUUUGCACCAACGACACCAAGAGUGCACACUAUUCCGUCGCCAUGUACGGUAGUUCUCGUUCCGUCUCAAAGCUGGAUGUUGUUGGAUCCAAUGGUAACGGCUCAGGCAGUCCUGGUCGCUCGCCGCGCCUCCCUCGCUCUCCACGUUUAGGACACCGGCGCAACAGCAGCAGCAGCUCCACCGGUGGACUCACCGGGACCGGUAAGACCCUGUCCAUGGAGAAUAUUCAGUCUCUGAAUGCCGCCUACGCAACCGGUGGUCCCAUGUACUUCACCGACACCGGUGAAGAAUCGCUCGGCAUUGGGAGCAUGGGCAGUGGACUGAAUCCCACGGUUCCUAAAAACACCAUGACCCUGGGCAGAGCAGGGGCCAGGGUGCCUUAUGGGGUCAGGGCGGCGGUCAUGGGCAGCAGUCCGAAUAUAAACUCUGGAAUGGGGAGUGGUGGACCUAUCAUGCCCAGUGAUGCAAUAGCAUUCGGGGGGGACUUCCAAAACCAAGCUCCACAGGCAGCCACUGUGCCCCACUCUAUGAGACAGGUGAGAGAUGGUGCAAUGUCAGACCUCCAGACACAGCUACGGGAAGUGCUGAGAGAGAAUGAACUACUGCGCAGAGAAUUGGAGGGCAAAGAGUCCAAGUUGAGCUCUUCUAUGAACUCCAUAAAGACAUUUUGGAGUCCUGAGCUGAAGAAAGAGAGAGCUUUGAGGAAGGAUGAAGCCACAAAGAUGACUGUCUGGAAGGAACAGUACAGAGUGGUGCAGGAGGAAACCCAGCAUCUUCAAUGCACCAUCCAGGCUUUACAAGAUGAGCUCAGGAUCCAGCGCGAUCUCAACCAGCUCUUCCAAUCCGAUUACUCGGAGGCCGGUCGCCUUGGAAACCAGCCCAUUUCUCCUCAAGACAUGACAGAGGAGAACUUCCUGCGUCUCCACAGCGAGUACGAGCGGCAGGUCAAGGAGCUCUUCCUCCUGAGAAAGACAGUCGAAGAAAUGGAGCUGAGGAUAGACACACAGAAACACACACUCACUGCCAGAGAUGAGUCAAUAAAGAAGUUACUAGAAAUGCUCCAGAGUAAAGGCCUGUCGUCACGGGCAACCGAAGAGGACCAUGAAAGAACGAGGCGACUGGCAGAUGCUGAGAUGACCAUCCACCAACUGGAAGGCCUGCUGGAGCAAAAAGACAAGGAGAUGCUUCAACUCAGAGAGGAGCUGCACAGGAGAUAUGAAGCAGCUCCAGAGUCAACAAAGACCAAGGCCCUGCAGACAGUCAUAGAAAUGAAGGAUGCAAAGAUCAGCUCGAUGGAGCGUGGCAUGAGAGACCUGGAGGAGGAGGUGAUGAUGCUGAAGUCCAACGGAGCUCUGAGCUGCGAAGAGAGGGAGGAGGAGAUCAAACAGAUGGAGGUCUACAGAUCCCACUCCAAGUUCAUGAAGAACAAGGUUGAGCAGCUGAAGGAAGAGCUAACUCACAGCCAGUCAGAGAAGGAGGAGCUAAGGCAUCGAGCCGAUGAGCUUCAGCAGGAGGUGUCUGCAAUGGAUCAGGCAAAGCAGGACCUGAGUCGUAAAGACAGCGAGAUGCUUGCGCUCAGGACCAAACUGGACACUCUGAACAACCAGUUUUCUGACAGUAAACAACACGUGGACGUACUCAAGGAGUCCCUCACCGCCAAGGAACAGAGAGCCGCUAUACUACAGACGGAGGUGGAUGCCCUGCGCCUCCGUCAAGAAGAAAAGGAGACGCUUCUCUCUAAAAAGAGUCAGCAUAUAUCAGAGCUGACGGAGGAGAAGAGCACUCAGCAAGGAGAGAUCACAGAUCUCAAAGAUAUGAUGGACGUCAAGGAGCGCAAAGUUAACGUGCUGCAGAAGAAGAUUGAGAACCUCCAGGAUCAGCUGAGGGAUAAAGAGAAACAGCUGAGCGGCUUGAAGGACAGAGUCAAGUCUCUGCAAACAGACACGUCAAACACAGACACUGCACUGGGAACACUGGAGGAGGCUCUAGCUGAGAAGGAGCGAAUCAUCGAACGGCUGAAGGAUCAGCGAGAGCGGGAGGAAAGAGAAAAGGGCGAUGAGAUAGAGACCUGCAAGAAGGAAUUGAAGGAGUUGAGGGAGAAGGUCUCCCAGCUGCAGGCCGACUUGGCUGACCGAGAGACGCUGGUGUUGGAUCUGAAAGAGAAAGCUUCCUCCCUGGCCUCGUCGACCCUGAAGAAGGACAACAGGCUGAAAAGUCUAGAAAUCAGCUUGGAGCAGAAGAGGGAGUCGUGCAUUAAACUGGAAAACCAACUCAAGAAGGCCCAGAAUGCAGCAACAGAGUCGGAGGCCAACACUGAACUCUCUGAACGCAUCUCCUGCUUGGAGGAAGAGGUGACCCGGCACAGAGAGGAUGCUGGGAAGGCCCAGUCUGAGGUGGAGAGACUCCUAGACAUCCUCAGGGAGAUGGAGAAUGAGAAGAAUGACAAGGAGAAAAAGAUCCAUGAAUUGGAGAGACAGAUGAAGGACCAGUCAAAGAAGGUGGCCAACCUGAAGCACAAGGAGCAGAUCGAGAAGAGCAGAAACGCCCAGCUGAUGGAGGAGGCCAAGAAGAGAGAGGAUAACCUGAACGAAAGCUCCCAGCAGAUAAAGGACUCCCUCCGUCAGAAGGAGGAGCGCAUCGAGGAGCUGGAGGAGGCGCUGAGGGAAAGCGUUCAGAUCACAGCGGAGAGGGAGGUGGUGUUGGCCCAGGAGGAGCACGGGCGCUCGCAGUCCGAGAAACAGCUUUCUCACAUUCCAAUUCAUGAGUUCACCACAAGUGGAUUUAGGUGGUCAAAGGUGGAGGACCUGCUGGUUGCCAUGGAAAAGGUGAAGCAGGAACUGGAGGUGAUGAAAGCCAAGCUGUCAUCAACUCAACUCUCACUGGCCGAGAAAGAAGGUCACCUGACUGCCCUGCGAGCCGAGAGGCGGAAACACCUGGAGGAGGUCCUCGAGAUGAAGCAAGAAGCACUGCUGGCCGCCAUCAGCGAGAAAGACGCCAACAUUGCCCUGCUAGAGCUCUCAUCAUCCAAAAAGAAGAAAACCCAAGAUGAGGUGGCUGGCCUGAAGAGGGAGAAGGACAGCCUGGUUCAGCAGCUCAAACAACAAACACAGAACAGGAUGAAGCUGAUGGCGGACAACUAUGAAGACGACCAUCUGAAAGUGGCAUCUCCAAACUCAGAGCAAGCCAACAAUCACAAGCCCUCCCCAGAUCAGAUUCUCUCUCCUCUCCUGGAUCUCAAUCAGAAUCGCAAUAAACUGAAGCUUUACAUCAGUCACCUGACCUCACUGUGUCAAGAACGAGACCCAAUCAUUUUGCAGGACUUCGCCCCGCCCCCUGCCUACCACCGCUCCGACUCUGCCUCCUGGCCCACGCAGCUGCACAGUAUGACACCGGAGCAGUUGGAGGCGGAGUUAGCACUGUGUGAAAGGGAGGGGGCGGAGCUCCAGGAGUACGCCAAUCAAGUCCUGCAACAGAUCGCCGAUCGAUGCCCUGACAUUUUGGAGCAAGUCGUCAACGCCUUGGAGGACAGCAGCUGACAGAGCAAUGAACACAUGCUGACUUACAUCCAUUAACAUGCUACAUCAGAUACACACUUAACAUUUCACACACACACACACACACACACACACACACACAAAACUAUCAGAGGUCUCCAGUCAGCCGCCCAGUAACCCCCCCGAUACAAACGUUACCUGCUGUUCUGUUACUUGCCCCUCAGUCAUUUUAAUCUAACAGAAAAGUGGGUGUAAGAAAGAAAAAAAAACACCUUUUCUGACAAGUAUUCCUCCACACUGUCUAUCAUUUUGAACAAACUGUGCCAGCUGAAGAAAUUAGUGUUCAUUUGUCAGUUCAAAGUGCUGUACUGGCAGGCUGUGGAUUUGGGAAUAGUUUAACUUUCCUAACUACUCUAAAAAUAAGUGGCGUCUGCUUCUUUGACGCUUUACGUCAACCAUCUUGUGUCCUGGUGAUCAGCAGUCGCACUUUGAAAAUAUUUUCAAGCCCUGAUUGAAGGGUGACAGCGAGUUGAGCUUGCCAGCUCGUUUCUGAUGCCAGACUUGCACAUUGUUGCCACAUUGUUAUUUGAUUACUUCACAUAUGAAAGUGUGUUUAUUUCACCUGCCUUUGGCUCUUUACAUCAUUUUUGCUGCUAUCUUUUUAAAUGUUAGUUUUUCUUUUUUUACUGCAGGUGUCUGAUGAAAUGUCCCCACUUGUAGUCUCUCUUAGCUCUAAUCUUCAGAUCACUGUGUAAAUUGUAAAAGGAGGGAGAUUUAAUUAACAGAUACACAGCCUCCAUCAGAGGAACGGGAUGCUUAAUCCAUCACUUCCCAUUAUUGAAAGGCACAAGCUAGAAUAAAUCUCGCAAUAGACCCUUUAUUAAAACACACCAGUGAAAUGUGGAUGGUUUGUGUUUAUUUUUAAACUUGGGGAGACAUCAUGAUUGGUUGUGGCCAUGCUGUAAUGAAGUUAAGAUAAUCCUUCACAAAAUUCCUUUCAUCACAGUCCCUUUAUUGCUAACACGAGUUGAAGGAGAAGGAAUAUAGAAUAUAUAUAUAUAUAUAUAUAUAUAGUGUAUUUUUAUUUUGCUUUGAUAAUAUAUAAAACACUAAUCUUGUUUAAUUAAACAUGUUGUCAUCUGACGUGUGAAAAAUUUUAAUUUUUUGGAUUGUGAAUGAGCGCAGGUUUUGUUGUUAUGUUGCACCUACACAAGGCUUUGUGUCCACCAGGAAUACAUCAUCAAAAUCUGCUUAUUGUGUCUCUUACUGCAUGUUUUCUUACAGGAGUGGCAGCCUUAGUACCUUACAAACGCCAACUGAGAUCGGAGAUGCACCCAUUUCUUUAAAUUGACCCUAUGAAACAUCUGCAGCAUGUUUUGGUCAAAAUAUCACAUGGAUAGGAUAUGAAAGUUCCCUCUUCAGCCAUGUCUUGACAGCUCUGAUUAGAGCGGACAGCUUUGGCGGCGGAGUCCCUCUCCUCUUCCUUAGUUAGAGUGUGCCCUGUUGAGUUUUGGUCCUGCAGCUUUGCACAACCCAGUUUUUGAGUUAGAUCAGGUAUAGAAUGACGGGAAAUUUUUGGAAAGAUAAAGAUGGAAAAACCGAAUAGUUCUACUGUCAUCUGGGUCGGUGACGUCACAAUCUAAACCACUCUCUAAAUUGCACAUGUUUAGACUUGGGCGGUCUGAAACAAACUGACAAACGUGUUAUACUGUAGCUUUAUAGUCACUUCAGACAGUUGAAUAUAUUCUCUCAAGCACAGAACGUAUUAUUUUUCAUAAUAUGUCUCUUUUAAAGAUACAUUUCCUUUUUUUUCUUCUUUUUUUUAACCUUUUCAGUGUUAUUGUAUCAGUGCUGAGGCCGUGACUAGUGUUGCCCACAUGAACUGUUCAUCACUGAUUCCCAUAAACUGUCACCUGGUGGACACAGAGCCAGAGGACUCAAAUUUACGCUGCACUCUCAAACCUGAUUGGAUGCUCAGGCCCGAUCUCCAGGCUAUAAAUACAUCGACUUUUGGCCCCUGGGCUGUUUUUUAACACAGAUCAAAGCCACAUGGGUUUAAACUAGGAGUCAGGUUUUUUUUUUUUUGUGCAAGUUUCUCCAACAGAAGAUUUAACGAUCCCAAAGAGUUUAUGGAAGGUUUAAAAAAUGGUGGGAGUCUUAUUUUAGGGAGAAACCCCGUCAGGUUUGAGCUUGUGCUGUAAAUUCAGUGUUCUGUCAUCUGUUUUAUACCGAUGCUGUUCAUCACUGGGAAUGGUGGUGAGAGGGAGUCACUUUGAAUUUGUUGUGGAUUAAAACCCGAAAUGAGUGAAUGGAAUAAAAUAUGAAUUUA